AUGCUUGCCACCAUCCGCCCAGCAAUCUGUAGGGCCUGCCGAAGGGCCCAAAUUCGCCCUGCGAGGGGUUUCGCGACCGCCAGCGGCCCAAUCCAGCAACCGCCCCGCGACAACUACGUCAAGCUCGUCGAGGUCGGCCCCCGCGAUGGACUGCAAAACGAGAAGAAGACGAUACCCCUCGGCACAAAGAUCGAACUGAUUGAGAGGCUCGCCAAGACGGGCGUUUCCACGAUUGAGGGCGGCUCUUUCGUCUCGCCCAAAUGGGUUCCUCAGAUGGCCAAUUCGAGCGACAUUCUCGAGCAUAUCCUCACACGAAACAUCUCAUCCCCGUCGCAAACAUCGUACUCGUUCCUCGCCCCGAAUAUCAAAGGACUGCAGAACGCGCAGGCGCUGCUGGGCAAGUAUCCCGGCGCUUUCGCAUCGCAGCUCCAACCGUCGACGGACGAGUCGAAGCCCGCCAUCGAAGUCGCCGUAUUUGCGGCCGCGACCGAGUCUUUUUCCAAAAAGAACCUCAACUGCGACAUCGCGACAUCACUCGAACGUUUCCGUGACGUCAUCCGAGAUGCAAAGGGCGCCGGCCUUCGCGUCCGCGCGUAUGUCUCCGUCGUCCUCGGCUGUCCCUUUGAGGGCUACAACGUCGACCCGCACAAGGUAGCCGAGAUCUCGACGGAGCUGUUGGAGUCGGGCGCUGACGAGGUUUCCCUCGGCGACACUACGGGCAUGGGCACGGCGCCCCGGACGAAGGAGUUGCUGAACUGCAUGAGGGCUGCAGGCAUCAGGAACGAGGAUAUCGCCAUGCACUUCCACGACACGUACGGCCAGGCGCUGGUGAACACGGCUGUCUCCUUGGAGCACGGCAUCCGCACGUUUGACAGCAGUGUUGGCGGGCUCGGGGGAUGCCCGUACAGCCCCGGCGCUACCGGGAACGUGUCCACGGAGAAUAUGAUCUACUUUAUCGAGAGCCUGGGCAUGGAUACCGGCAUCGAUCUGGAUGCCAUGUCGGACAUUGGUGCGUGGAUCACGGGCGAGCUGGGUAAGGCCAACGACAGCACUGUCGGCCAGCGCCCCCCCAAAAGUGAACGAGCGAACUGUGAGGUGACCACUGAUCUUAUCGGCGCCACCUGUGACCCAGCUUACCGAGUGAGUGGGCUCCACCAAAGACGAAGCAAGCUCCAGUGCUGUGCAUUCGACGACACUGACUGCACCGACCUGCCAACCUCCUCCAGCUACGUCCGUCGCCUCGCAACGUCUCCAUUCAUCCGCCCGCCCACACCCUUCCUAAUCGACGCCCUCGACCCAAAACGCAUUGUCUUCUACUCGGGCGCUGUCUCAUUGAAGUCAGAAGCAAUGAGUGACCCCCGAGAGCCCUCCUACUCGAUCGUGCCGAGAAUUCGGUACAACACCGUCGGCGGUGUCAACGGACCCCUCGUCAUCCUCGAGAAUGUCAAAUUCCCCAGAUACAACGAGAUCGUCUCUUUGACCCUGCCCGAUGGAACCAACAGACAGGGUCAGGUCCUUGAGGCCCGAGGUGACCGAGCCGUCGUCCAGGUCUUCGAGGGCACAUCAGGCAUCGAUGUCCAGAAGACGAAAGUCGAGUUUACCGGCCAGAGCUUGAAGCUCGGCGUGUCGGAGGACAUGCUUGGUCGUAUCUUUGAUGGUUCUGGACGAGCUAUUGACAAGGGCCCCAAGGUCCUGGCCGAGGACUACCUCGACAUCAACGGCAGUCCCAUCAACCCCUUCUCCCGUGAAUACCCCGAGGAGAUGAUCUCGACCGGUAUCUCCGCCAUCGACACCAUGAACUCCAUCGCCCGUGGCCAAAAGAUCCCCAUUUUCUCCUCGUCCGGUCUGCCGCACAACGAAAUCGCCGCCCAGAUCUGCAGACAGGCCAGCUUGGUCCAGAAGCAGGGAAUCACCAACAAGGGUGUCCACGACGGUCACGAGGAGAACUUCUCCAUCGUUUUCGGUGCCAUGGGUGUCAACUUGGAGACGGCCAGAUUCUUCACGCGCGACUUCGAGGAGAACGGCAGUCUGGAGCGUGUCACCCUCUUCCUUAACCUUGCCAACGACCCUACUAUCGAGCGUAUCAUCACUCCUCGUCUCGCUCUCACGACCGCCGAAUACUACGCUUACCAGCUCGAGAAGCACGUCCUUGUCAUCCUGACGGAUCUGUCCGCCUACUGCGAUGCCCUCCGUGAGGUUUCGGCCGCCCGUGAGGAAGUCCCCGGUCGUCGCGGUUACCCCGGUUACAUGUACACUGAUUUGUCCACCAUUUACGAGCGUGCCGGCCGUGUGUCUGGACGUAACGGUUCCAUCACGCAGGUGCCCAUUUUGACCAUGCCCAACGAGGAUAUCACUCACCCCAUUCCCGACUUGACGGGUUACAUUACGGAGGGACAGAUCUUCGUCGACAGAGGCCUGUACAACCGUGGUAUCUACCCGCCCAUCAACGUUCUGCCGUCCCUGUCUCGUCUCAUGAAGUCUGCCAUUGGUGAGGGUAUGACUCGCAAGGACCACGGCGAUGUUUCCAACCAGCUUUACGCCAAGUACGCCAUCGGUCGCGACGCUGCUGCCAUGAAGGCCGUCGUCGGUGAGGAGGCUCUGUCUGCCGAAGACAAGCUGUCACUGGAGUUCCUCGAGAAGUUCGAGCGCCAGUUCAUCAACCAGGGCCAGUACGAGGCUCGCACCAUUUACGAGUCUCUGGACCUCGCGUGGAGCUUGCUCCGCUUGUACCCCAAGGAGCUCCUCAACCGUAUCCCCGGUAAGAUUCUCAACGAGUUCUACCAGCGCGCGGCAAAGGAGGCCAAGGACAAGGGCAAGCAGAGGGCACAGGUGCAGCAAAACGAGGAGAACCUGAUUGACGCAUGA